AUGAAAAGCAGCAUCCAGCUCACACAGACACAUCUACCAUCAGCCUUCAUAUUCCUCAUCGUCCUUCAGAAGGUGAACUUCACCAGUAAAAACUUUGCCGUUUGUUUCGAUGGUUUUUACCACCCUCAGGUGGGAGGAGACUGUCUGCUGGCACCUCCAGCAGAUAAUAAAGCAAGUUAUAGUAUUUCUCCUGCAGAUUAUGCAGUGUCACAGCUGUUCCUCCAGAAUCUGCCGAGCAUCAACACUCCAAUGAAAUGCCUAAUAGCCUUUGGUCUGAACAACAGUGUUCAAUUUGCUGCAGCAAACUUUGGGUCACAAGCAGCUCUGGUGCUCCAAUUGCUCUCUGCAGGUCCAGCUGUUGUUGAUGUUCUGAUAAAUGGGACCAAAGUUCAUGAACUCAAUGUUGCAAACACUGACCCUAACGAUCUACCUUUAGACUUCUUAGACAUCAGUGGCUGCAGACAUGAAGGUGUUGUGUAUAAACCUGGUACAACAACAGUUCUUCAUGAGCGCUGUGAGAUUGUCCACUGUAAUGAGACUGCUGUCCUCAGUGUGUCCACCUGUGGACCCAUGCAGAUUUGUCUCAGCAACAACACGUGUGACAGCUCCAUAACUGCACCCACCAUCAUCACUGCUGCACCCCUCAACACACCUACUGCACACCCCACAACCAACACAACUACUGCAUCCCCAACCAGCAACACCACUACUGUAACCCCCUCCAAAAGAACUACUGUAUCCCCCACCACCAACACAACUACUGCAAACCCCACCACAAUUACCACUACUGCACGACUCACCACCAUCACCACUACUGCACCCCCUAUUAUCACCAACACAUCUACUGCACGCCCCAUCACCAACACAACGUCUGCACGACUCACCACCAUCACCGCUACUGCACCCCCUAUCACCAACACAUCUACUGCACGCCUCACCACCAUCACCACUACUACACAGCCCACCACCAAGACAACAACUGCACAACCCACCACCAUCACCACUACUGCCCAUCCUGCCACAAUCAUCACUACUGUACCCCCUAUAACCAACACAUCUACUGCACGCCCCACCAUCAACACAACUUCUGCACGCCUCACCACCAUCACCACUACUACACAGCCCACCACCAAGACAACAACUGCACAACCCACCACCAUCACCACUACUGCCCAUCCUGCCACAAUCAUCACUACUGUACCCCCUAUAACCAACACAUCUACUGUACGCCCCACCACCAACACAACUACUGAACGCCCCAUCACCAAUACAACUACCGUACGCCCCAUCACCAAUACAACUACUGCACGCCCCAUCACCAACACAACUACUUCGCACACCAUCACCAACACAACUACUUCGCACACCAUCACCAACACAACUACUUCAGAGCCAGAUAAGACCCAGAACAAGCUGGAGGGACGUCUAGGCUGGCCUGGCAACGCCUCGGGAUUCCCCGGAGUUUCUUUGAGUUGCUGGGGAGAAUGA